CCCUCCAUUCCGGCACAGGGAGUGUAGCAUUUUUCCUUUUCUUUCUUUUUUGAGCACAACAUUAACCAUGCACCUUUGAUAUUUACAACUUGCUGAUAAAGAAAUGGGUGAAAAGCAAAUAGCCUCUCUCCCAUUUUGAAAACGCUUAAGACAAAUACUGAUUUGUAAGCCCAAGGGAACUGUAGACAGCUCCGGAAGACAGACCAACGUGGCAGCAUUAUUCUCAUCUCCAUAAUGUUAAGAGAACAGGAGGAAUGAACCGACAGCUAGUGAGCAUUUUGACAGCCUUGUUUGCAGUUUUCCUAGAAACGUAUCAUUUCAGGACAACUUUCUGUAAAGAACAUGAUUCCAGAUCUGCAAAAUCCCCUUCACAGACACUGUCUCCUUCAGAUUUCUUGGAUAAAUUAAUGGGGCGGACAUCAGGUUAUGACGCACGAAUAAGGCCAAAUUUUAAAGGUUCUCCAGUAAACGUUACUUGCAAUAUUUUUAUCAACAGUUUUGGAUCAGUCACAGAAAUCACAAUGGACUACAGAGUGAACAUUUUUUUGAGGCAGCAGUGGAACGACUCCCGUCUUGCUUAUAGUGAAUACCCUGAUGACUCUUUGGAUUUGGAUCCAUCAAUGUUGGACUCUAUUUGGAAACCUGAUUUAUUCUUUGCCAAUGAGAAAGGCGCAAACUUCCAUGAUGUUACCACAGACAACAAGCUUCUAAGGAUUUCCAAAAAUGGGAAAGUAUUAUAUAGUAUCAGGCUAACAUUAACUUUAUCCUGUCCCAUGGACCUAAAGAAUUUUCCUAUGGAUGUACAAACAUGUACAAUGCAACUAGAAAGCUUUGGCUAUACAAUGAAUGAUCUGAUAUUUGAAUGGAUGAGCGAUGGCCCAGUACAAGUAGCAGAAGGCUUAACUCUGCCGCAGUUUAUUUUGAAAGAAGAAAAGGAGCUUGGUUAUUGCACAAAGCAUUACAAUACUGGAAAAUUUACAUGCAUUGAAGUAAAGUUUCAUUUGGAGCGUCAGAUGGGGUAUUAUUUAAUCCAGAUGUACAUUCCUAGCCUGCUGAUCGUCAUUUUGUCCUGGGUAUCUUUCUGGAUCAACAUGGAUGCUGCUCCAGCCAGAGUUGCACUGGGCAUAACUACAGUUUUGACAAUGACCACUCAGAGUUCAGGCUCCAGAGCAUCUCUUCCAAAAGUCUCUUAUGUAAAAGCUAUUGACAUCUGGAUGGCUGUAUGUCUUCUCUUUGUCUUCGCUGCAUUGCUUGAAUACGCAGCAGUGAACUUUGUGUCAAGGCAGCAUAAAGAGUUUUUGAGGCUUCGAAGAAGGCAAAGGAGGCAACACAAGGAAGAAGUUGCAGUUCGUGAUAGCCAAUUUAACUUUGGUGGCUAUGGGAUGGGGCACUGCCUACAAGUAAAAGAUGGUACCACAGUUAAAGCUACACCUCCCAAUCCUCCACCACCUCUCAUGCCAAAAGAUUCAGAUUCCAUCAAAAAGAAAUUUGUGGACCGUGCCAAAAGGAUCGAUACAAUAUCCCGAGCUGCUUUCCCACUUGCCUUUCUCAUCUUCAACAUAUUUUACUGGAUCACAUACAAAAUUAUACGUCAUGAGGAUAUUCACAAAAAAUAAGUAAUUCUUUGCAAGCUGGGUUUUCUACACAAAGUGACUUCCUUGUAAAUAGUGAAGUGUCUUUUUUUGUCCUUGGCACUAAAGGUUUGUUGUCUUGUGAUGCUAAACAACUAAUGGGGAACAAUAAACAUUGCACAAAACAAGAUACAUUGAUACAAGAUUGCUAAUUGAGAAGGUACUCUCUAUGUGGUUCUUCCAGUAUUCUUGCCAAGAUCACAUACACACAGGGCACAUUUGUUCCAAGUUGUCAGUGUGUUUCAGCUGUACUUAAGGAAUUCUUAAAAGCAUUUAUCAUGGGAUUGUCUGUAAUGGCUGCACUGCCGUGAGUUUUAAGAGAACCAUAUUUUUUUCAGGGUAACACUGCUUUCCUUUAGGAAACAAGUACAGUAUCUACACUACUAAGCUCUCUACUUAAUGGUUAGCCCAGAAUUCCUCUUUGUCAAUGGUAAAUUAUUUCUACUAAUAGGGCAUUGGAAGAAGAGCUUUAUACUUUAAUAUCUUUAUGGGUGUACAUUUUAAUAUUCUUGCUUUCUUAGAACUGAAGUCCAACUUGCAAAGGCUGUGAUUAAUUUCACUGCUUUCAUCUACAGAAAUGGCUUCUGCUAUGGAUAAUGUUCUUGUUUUAAGAAGGUGCACUUAUUUCAAUUUAGUUAGUUUUUUAAAUUAACUACAUGCAGCAUAAGGUGCCAAACCAUACUUUACCUAUAAUAAUUCUACACCAUAUUGUUGAUUAUGAACUUGUGUCCAAAAGUAGCUUAGUUUAGCAUUGAAUUUCUAUUGCUGAUCUCCUUGUAGUUGCGAGUUGAUAGCUCUGUACAUAUGUGAGUUGAUAGCUCUGUACAUGACUUGUUUACAGACCUUGACUUUAUAUCUUUACUAAAAAAACAGGUAGGUGUCAUUUUAAAUACAGUAUCAUUAACUUACGGAAGAGUUUUAAACUAUAUUGUGAUUUUCAUAACCUAUUAACCUUUUGGUGCCUGCGCUAUGUGGUCUAAAUCCUUGCUAUGUGUUUUAAAGUACAUAUGAAAAGAAAACAAUUUUUAAAAGCAAACAUAAAAUAGAGGUAUUUUUGCUUACCCCGAAAAAAAAACCCAACUGUAAUAUUUAAAACAAAGCAAACAUUAAGAUUUUACAUUUACGGCUUCCAGUUUUGCGCACUUGUGCAGCAGACGAGGGAUCACGGGGCUCCAUACCCUAUGGCUGAUUUCUGCCUGAUAAGGGACCCUAAAUGGACCUGAAGUUGCUCCGUACAGGCAACAAAGAAGGAAGGCAAUCCUGCUGAUUAUGGAGAGACAGUGGUCGAUCUGAUCAGUUUGGGAAAAGCCCUCCAGAAACCAGCAGGAGAAAGACUAGCUUAACUUCAGAGUCUAGCCCAAGCUACAAACAGCUGAAGCCCAAAAGCACUACUUUAAGCUGAUUGUAAACAACGUGUUUGGAACUGGGUAAGAAUAGUGAUUUUCUCCUAUUUGAAAAAUUGAUUUCUGGGGGGGGGAGAAAAACCCCAAGAAGCAAAAAACUCUGAAAAUGAGGAGGGGAAUCUGUCCCACCCUCCUGCAGAUGGAAGCGGCUAAUUAAACUUUUCAGGGGAAACAGAUAUAUACUGAAAUGAAAUGAAUAUAAGACUUAAUUUGGAUAAGUUUGAAAUCAGUGGAAAUUGUUAAGAUUUUCCUUUUAAACCAUGAAAAUAGAAGUAAAUAAUAGAAGUAAACAUUUGUCUAUUACUGAAAAAUGAACUGGUUCUGACACCUAGUGGUGGAUGAAAAUAUGCAACAGCAGUUGCUCUAUUACAGGUAAAGCCCACGAAAAGAUAACUUGCUUUUGAUGACCUUCAAUGACUUAAUAACAGAGAACAGCUGCAACAAAAAAGAAGGGAGAGAACAUUUUGGGCUAUUUAUAAAAUGAGAAUUAAAAACUUUAGAAAAAAACCUGAUCUUUUUGGAUUACAAAUACCAACUCAAGUGUGACUCUAAACCUACCUGCAGAGAAAGGAAAACCCUGAUUUUUGGCUACCAUGGAAAACCAGAAAUCUGCAGAAAGAAUAUAUCAAGAAAAAAAACAAAUAUUUUCCAGAAGGAGAUCUAUACUAUGAUGCAACAAAUCCAAACAACAAUGAUCUCAAACCAGGAGGAAAUUAAAAAUAACUUGGAAAAUAUACAUGAACACAUCUCCAAUAUAACUUUACAAUACAAAAAUUCUCAAAAAAAUAAAAAUAGUGAGCAGAAAAAACAGACAAUUGAAUACGAGACAGAGAGAUUUUAAGAUGGAUCUUAACAAUACAAGGAAGUAUGACUUAACCCAGAUGAAAAAAAACUUACAGGAUAUGGAAAAGAUAACCUAUACUCUUAAGAUCACAAAAUAAGUUUGAGGACAAGAAAAAAGAUUAGACAAAAUGGAGAACUAUGACAAAUUGAGAGACAAAAAAUGAUAAAUAAAAUCAAGAAAGAAGAAGGAAGGAAGGAAGGAAGGAAAAGAUUCUCAAUGAAUAUGAAGGGGCAAAACCUUCUUAUAAAAACAUCUUGCCUAUUUUGUCUUUUGUACCUGCAACAACACUUACAAGAUUAUGGGAAGAUUCUUUGAUUCAGCAAAGCAUAUUGAUCAGGAAAGAUGUUUGGAAAAAAAAAAGGCUAAAGUGAGAAUUAAGAAAUUAGGUGGUGGGAUUUACCAGAGGUAAUAUUUAAAAAUUAAACAUCUGUUUGAAUAUGGUUAAAGAAAUGGAAAGAUUUUGGAUAUAAAUGAAGAUUAGUUUAAGAGGGAUGGAACCCCCCCCCCCCAAGUA